CAAUUAAUUAAAGUUAUAGAUAAAGAUCUUAUGUGGGUCUCACGAUUUAAGCCAAAGGGCCAUGCAACCACCUUUUUGCUAUUGAACUGUGCAUACACAAGAAAGAAUUUAUACCAAACCACGCCCCUGACACAUGUUAUCAUGGCUGAUUGUUAUGAAGAGAGAUUGAAAAGGCUGGAAUAUCGCUCCAGAGAGUCUGACGAGGCACUGAAGCACCUCAGCCUUUGCGUUGAUGUACUGCAGCAGGUAGCAGAAAAUAAAAAGAGUGAUUUAGCUCCUAGACAAAAAUCGGAACUGGUUAUUAAACUAGAAAGGGAAAAUGCAGAGCUGACAAGUGAAAUUGAGAAGUUAAAGCAGGAAUUGAUUGAUGCUGAAAUAUUAAAUGGACGUCAUCAUAUAUUUAAUCCUUCAGCUAUUACAGCUGCAAGUUCUGCAGCUGCACCAGUAGCUACUGAAUCUGUUAAGAAACCAACACAAGAACCAGUAUCUGCUCCUCCUGAGAAGAAGGUGGAAGAGAGUGAGUCGAAACCAGCUGCUAAAGCCAGCAAAGGAAAGAAAGAGAAACCAACUGAAGCAACUGGAGGUGGAGGAGGAGGGAAAGGGGGCGGGGCUGUGGGUGGAGGAGAUAAACCAGUUGAUGUCUCACGGCUUGACAUGAGAGUUGGUAAAAUACUGUCAGUUAAACUACAUCCUGAUGCUGAUACCCUCUAUGUGGAAGAAAUUGAUGUUGGUGAGGAAAAGCCUAGGACUGUAUGCAGUGGUUUAGUGAAGUUUAUCCCCAUUGAAGAAAUGAAGGAUCGUUUAGUGAUAACAAUGUGUAACUUAAAACCUGCUAAAAUGCGUGGUGUUCUAUCAGAGGCAAUGGUGAUGUGUGCCAGCACUCCAAAUAAGGUCGAGAUAUUAGACCCGCCCCCUGGCUCCGUACCUGGUGAUAGAAUAGUCUUUGAAGGAUACCCAGGGGAGCCUGAUGCACAGUUGAAUCCAAAGAAGAAGAUAUUUGAGAAGGUUCAGCCCGACCUCGUUACUACUGCCGAAGGUGUGGCAGUUUAUAAAGGGACCCCAUUCCAAGUGGAAGGGAAAGGAGUGUGUAGAUCUCAAACACUUAGAAAUACCAUUAUAAAAUAAUGGAUUAUUGUAUUAUUAUUAUUAUGUUUAUAAGCUACCUUUUCUGAUUAUGGUAGUCAAUUAUGAAUCAGUAUUGAUCAAUGAUAGUUUAAUUUUGUUGAUUUUUUCCUAAAUAAAUGAAACUGUGUGAAUUGAUGACUGAAUGGUGGACAUUAUGCAAAAUAAAUACAGUAGAACCAAAGAGCUAUACAGAGAAUGCAUUUAUACAACAA